AUGCGUGCAUUCCAUUUAUUUUGUUAUACUGUUUCUUCCGUGUGUGUAUGUACCUGUGCUUGUGCACUUCCUGAGGAAACAACUUCUUGCGCCUGUGACUUCUGUUUUUGUUGUGUUGUUUGUUUGAACGUACCUUUUGGUGUUUAUUUUUGUCUCUUUCUGCCUGUGGAAGAAGUAUUAAUUUGUGAGGAGGAAAAUAUGGUUGUACUCGGUGUCGUGACGCGGUCUCCAAGGGCACUAUUGUCUUUGGUCCGAGAGGCGUAUCGAUCGCUUUUUUUCUACGACGCCAGGACGGCUAGUGACGUCAUAUUUGCACUGGGAGACCUUCAUGAGCCCCCGUUGAAUGCGCACGCACUUGUGCUUUCCGUGCUAACUACGCUUCCUAAUUUUUCGUGUGGAUAUCAUGUGGCUCGUCUUUUUCAUGGCUUGUCUGAACUUCAUUUGCGUCACACGAUGCUCACGGCUCAUUUGUUGAAAUAUUAUCUCCGUUGUUGCUUUGGAAAGCGUUGCACAGUCACCCCUGUAAAAUGUUCUUCAAGGGAUCCGUUGUUGUUUGUCUCUUCAUUUGCCAUCAUUCUCCAAACGCUUCACCGCUUUCACUCCACCGAAAUUUUGGAGGCGUUUUUGGAUUCGGUAGAGGAGUUGCUGCGAGCGGACCCUGCAUGUUUUCCCCCAUGUCAUCACAGGCAUCAUGAAAGAAGCGAUGGACUGCACGAGGUACAUGCGGAAUCGGAUGUGGAGAAAGUGGGGAAUGUUGCGGAGGACACUUUUUUGGUCAUGCAACACUUCGUUCUUAUUCAUCGACGGAAUCUUUACGGAUGUCGGUUCAUAUGUACAGAAAAACUGUUAGCUUCCUUCACAGAUCACUUGCACUGCCAUCACUUGACUUCGCUCUUGUGCCUUAUGGAAGACGUGGGUGGGGAGAGUCACGGAUCAGAAUAUCUUCUUUUGAAAAAGAAAGAGAUGGCUGAACUCCAGCGGCAGUUGUUGUGUCAUUUUUUGUAUCGGUUUUGUGCUGCGGCACUUCGCCCCGGUGUGCUUUCGAACGCUGAAAUUGUGGUGUUACUCAGACAUGUGAACCACUAUAAUAUUAGCGGACUUCCGCCUGAUGUGCGAAAUGGACUUUAUUUUCUUGCAGAUGCUCUUUGUGUAGUUCUUGAGAAGUCUUCAUUGACGUUGGAUGUCAUUCGUCUACUCGUGACGAGCGAUUUAUACCCAGAGGAUGAGGAACCGCAGGAAAAGAAAGGCAAUUCAGCGGAUGUCCUGCAGUUUCGGCAAAGACCUCGUCUAGAGCCUUUUCUAGAUGGGCUGCAGCACAUUGUACUCGGCAUGGAGGGUAGACGUUUCUGCAAAAGAGAGGAUUGGUUGACUGCGGAGGUUUUACUUAUUUUGUGUCAUCGUCUGCUUCUCGCUCACGUGGUGCAUGCGAAAAAAGAGGCAGGCCCACGACUUCUUCGUACAUGUCAUCUUGUUUGUGAUGCUCUGAAGGGGUUAGAAUGUCACUUGGGGACUGAGGAUCCUUCUGUUGAAUUUCGCAUACUUCUUGCCACUGAGCCCGUGAGGGCAUUGCUGCUGAAAGGAGCAUUCCUGCUAGGCCAAGAACUGGCUUCAACGCUCACAGAGGCGAUCACUCGGCACGUACUUCAGAGUGCUUUUCACUUGGCUACGACUCAUAAUAUCGAUGAUUUGGAUAUUCAGUCGCUAAGUUUUUUAAUGCGGGAGUGUCAUCUGACGGUGGAACUUGUUGCAAGAAUUGAUAUUAUUCUUCGCUUGAUUUGUCAUCAGAGAUGUUUCACACAACACACAGUCAAACACAUUGCGAAGGCGCUUAGCAUACUCGGCUCGGAGAAGUGGGUUGCCUUUUGUGGCAACAAUAAACGAUGGAUUAUGCUUGCAACAUCUGUACGGCUUUCUAACGCGGUAAAUUUCCUCAUUUCUUCCAUGAAGGCCCUUGAACAGGGUGUGACGCCGCAGCACACAUUCGAGAUGUUGCUGAAUCUUUUGGCCGUGCUAUCUCCUGUGAAGUUGCGUGGCAAGGAAGAUAGGCGGUGCCGAUAUCUUGCAGGACAAAUCCCCGAUUCCAAUGCUAUUAUGCUUCUCAUUAACACUGUGCUUCAAGGUUGUAUUGAUUGCAUCCCACCAAUUGCUUUGUGUAACGAUGAUUGGGACGGGCACAAAUUUUUUACACUGAAAGCAACAGACGUUGCUGAGCGUUGUUCCUUGCAGAGUCGUUCUUCCAAUGCGUGGAACGUACCUGAAUCCUUUUUGGGAAACGUUUGGCGCUCAGAAAAUAAAUCUAAUUGCGAAGGGGAUACGCGUUCACUUCACAUGAAGCAACCGAGUGCAGACCUCGUGGUGGGAUUUGCCCUUUGGAUGGGAGCUUUUCGAUUUGGCAUAAAGAUUAAGGAUGCAAAUGGGCGGGACCCGUCCCUCUCGAAGAUGAGGAUGAAUGAGCUGCGAAAGAUGCAUAAAGGGAUUCUUCAGAGUGCCAUUCAUGUUGUUUUACAGGAUAAGGCUUUGGGGGGUUCCUUUUUGCGUCAGCGGCUCCUUCGCGCCUUUUACCUUUAUUUGAAAUUCGAAAGUCCUUAUUCAAGAGGAGAAAGUGAACCGAUAUUUAUUAAAAAUGAGGGAUUUAAGCAUGUCGUUCCUCUGUUAAUAGCGGAGCUGUAUCGAGUUGUAAAGGAUCCUUUUUUUUAUGAGGGGUCUACGAUGAAGUCAGGUGAUUUACUUUUUUCAACUGAGACUUGGACAAUAUUCGGUCACUGUGGUAUGUAUGCAGUCGAAUUAAUCAUGUUUCUUGAAAAUGUCACGGAGGAGUUUCAAAUGCACGGAGGCCCUAAAAUGCCUUUGCUUGUGCUACAUGAUAUUAUAUGGGGAUCGCUCACAUGCAUCGCCUCAUUGAGCUCCGCGCUAGAGGAAUGGAUUGACGGAUUCCGUCAUGGGGACUCCUUCCACGUUAAAAACCUCUUCAAUGCUGGGAUUUGCCACCAGGUGCAAGAAGAAGGGGACGCUGUGAUUAUUACCAAUAGACGAAAUACCCUCCUGUGGUCUUUGUUGCUGCUUGCCUGUUUUAUGCGCAAUUCAGGGGCUGUGGCUAGGACGGGCCACGCAAAGGAGUUGACAACUGCCCUAGGCGCAGUUGCGCGGCUUGUGCGGCUGGUAUCACAUCAAUUUCCGGUGUUCAGGCGGUCACGUCCUGCACCCGAGUGUCUCUUGGCCCUUAAUCUCCGCGAGUUGGUUGAGGAGGAGUCCGCCGCCGGUGUUAUCAACGGAGCAAACAACUGCGUUUCGGAUGUGCUGGAUGAUGUGCUCCGCCGAGAGCAGCAGCAUUUCUUUUGCUGGGAGUGCAAUUUUGAGUCGGUGGCUGCCCGAAUGAGGCGAUACGUGUGA